AUGGAGGUGGACGGGACGCCGGACCUGACGGACUUCAUGAACGACUGGUUCUUCGGGACCGUCGGCGUGAAGCACAGCGCCGUCGCCGCCGGCUCCCCCGCGUACGACCUCACGGGCGAGAGCAGCAGCAGCAGCAAGAAGAAGCAGUCGUCGGAGAAGAAGCCGCAGAGGGCGGAAAGCGAAGGCGGCCGUAGCGGCGGCGGCGGCAGCAGCAGGGCCAGCAACGCGAGCAAGCAGACGCAGGAGUGGCUGGAGGAGGCCAAGAGGAUGAUGGUCGGGUCCGGGUCGCCGGGGCGGAUGGGCUCGCCGUCCAGGCAGGUGCCCAAGUUCGCCGGCGGCAACGGCACGGAGCCCUCGCCGGCGCUCGACCGCCGGGACCCCAUGUCACGUUCCGCGAGAAGGCACCGGCAGCCGGGCGGCAUCGGCGACGAGAUCCUGCAGCGGGCGUCCAUUAUCUCCUCGCCCCCGCGCUCCGACACCUCCACCCCGUCGGCGCCGCCGUCCCCUUCCCCGUCCCUGCCGCCGAACCCGCACUCGUCCCGCCGCAAGUCCCGCUUCCACGGCCCCUCCGGCCCGGACCCAUCCGCCUCCCUCCGCCGCACAACCUCCUCGGCGUCCAACUCUCCACCCUCCGCCUCCGCGCCCCCGCGCCCCGUGCACCACCGCCGCCACGCGUCCGCCUCUGGCUCCCCCGCCGUCGACGGUUUCGACGACGGCGUCGCCCGCCUCAACGCCUUCCUCCGCCGCCAGCGCGCCGCCCUCGCCGACCAGUCCUCCGGGGACCGCUCCUCCCGCUCGAGGUCCACGAAGCUCGUGCUCUCCGACGCCUCCAAAAGUGUGAGCUCGAUCGUGGCGGCGAUAUGCUACGCGUGGAUGCAGUCGAGCAAGGGGGACGGCCACGCGGCGGCGGUGCCGGUGGUGAACAUGCGCCGGAGCAGGAUGACGGGGUGCAGGCAGGCGGCCUGGCUCCUCUACCACGUCGGGGUCGACGCCUCGGCCCUGCUCUUCGCCGACGAGGUUGAUAUGGAGGGAUUAAUAAUGGAUCAGCGGGCCAGCUUGGUGGUGGUGGGGCAAGAUGUUUUGAGAUCAAACGGUGAGGCGGGCUCAGUUUGCACACUCCUCGCCAAUGACCAUUCUGAAGAAGCUUAUGCCCUACUUCAGAGCCUGGACAUAAAGAAACUUCUGCUUGCAGGUAUCCUGUUAGAUACGAACAACCUUUCCAAGAUGUGCUCAGACAAAGAUUCAGAGGCGGUGCGAUCGCUCUUGCUCGGUUCCUCUGAGCAUAAACGGCAUGAAUUGUUUCAACAAUUGAUGCUUGAUCACAAUGAGCAUUCUUUCGUGGAGUUCUUGAAGAACACCUACAGAAAGUCAUCCACAGAUGGUGCUGGGGACAGUCCUCCAGAGCAAAAGAAUUCAGUUUCAGGGGCAUCCCAAGAUGCUAAAAAGUCCAAUUCAGCUAACCAGAAACCAGCACGUGGAAAUAGUGGAAAGCCUUCAGAGGAAGCUCCUCAGGGGAAAAACAAAUUUUCCUUGGCAAAAUUUUUUGGUUUUGGCCGAAAAUAA